AUGGCUAAAUCAUCUAAAGUAGAAGAUUAUUGGCGACAACAUAAUAUUGAAAAUUUAUUUAAAGAAUUAACACAAGUUCUUACUCGACGUAUGCCACCUGAUCCAGCUGUAGCAUUAGUUGAGUAUCUUCAAAAAAAAUUUCCUAAAUCAUUUAAAACUACAACAGAUAAUAUUGGUAUUGUUCCAAAAACAUUAGCCAAUAAUUUACAAUUACAGUCAUUAACUUCACCAAGUUCUGAUGGUUACAAUGAGAGUAUAAAAGAUGUACAAAGUGGACAACUUUUAGCUACACAAAAUCAAGCUAGUAGUAUUGUUACAAUUCCAACAACUGGUUCAGCUUUUACUGAUUUAUUUAAACAAGAUGCUACGAGUUCAAAACAAAUGCCAGAUUUAGAUAUAAAAACUCUUGUCUUUGCUAAUCGUUUAGGUCAACAAGUUGUUAAAAUGGGAAAAGAUAUUCGUUCAGAUCGUGAUAUACUCGAAGAAGAAUUAAUUAAACCAACAAAAACUAAAUCAACAACAUUAUCAACAGCAAAUGAAUCAAUUAAUACAGUUUCAGAAGGUCUUCAAAAUACAGAAACACAUGAAGAACCAUCUGUAUUACAAUUAAUUAAAUAUAAACAACAAAUUCAUAUUGAAACUAAUCGUCGUUUACAUCGAGAAAAACUUGCAGGAUUAGCAAACUCUCAACGUGAAAAAGAACAAUUUUUCUCUGAUAUUUCUUCAAAAUCAGGAGAAAUUCAACAACAACAACAACAAACAUUAUCAGAAGCUGUAUCAACAGACACAAGUAGUACUCAAUUACCUUAUAAACCUAUUGUUAAAUCAAAAGAAGAAGAAAUAUUAAAUGAUGAAAAUCUAUUUCAACCGAGAAAACAACGUUAUCGUGGAAGACAAAGAAAUAAAUUAAUGCCAUCACUUACAAAUACUUCAUAUAUACGUGAACGAAGUACAACAGAUUUUCGAUCAUCACUAAAAAGAGAUGCUGGAAGUUUAGUAUGUAAUGUAUGUGGUAAUGUAUUGAAUGACCAAGAACAUCAAUCGAUAGUUCAUUCUCAACAAGUUGCAGCUAUGCCAAUAACACAUUCAUUAGAACUUCUACCAUCUACUCGAUCUGUAGAAAAAAAAGAUGAUGUUGUUGAUGAUUGGUUUGAAGCAGCAUCAGAUGCAUCGAGUUCACGGCAAUUAACUCCUGUAGUAUCAAAUGAUAUAAUAUCAACACGAAUUGGUUCAAGUACAUUUCGACGAAAUCUUUUUCGACCAAUUAGUGAUAAUAACAAUGAUACUGUAGAACAUCAAUCACCUAUACGACCUUUAAUUUUGAGUGAUGAUGAAACAAAAUCUAAACGACUUAAAACACCACGUAUUUCUGAAACUGGUAUUUUCUCAAGAUCACCUGAAUCAAAAGUUCGUUCGCCACCAUUAUCACAAAAUCUAUCAUCACCACUAACAAUACAACAUCAUACAGAUACUGACGAUGUUACCAAUCGUCAAUCAGCAAAACCUAUAGCACAACCAUCAUCUGCAAGAUCAACUCCAUCAUCAACUUUAUUAACAAGAAUGACAUCAACUAAUGAUCGAAGAAUGUCAGGUUGGAGUGUAUGUGAACAUUCACUUGAUGAUUCCGACGAAAAUUAA